AGCAGGACGACGGCAGUUUAGCAGUUUAUUUCACCAAGCUCGCAGCAGAAGGUUAUUUUAAGAUUUCGAGACAGUUUUUCGUUUGUUUUCGAUUGAUAGUUCUUGUUUGUGCGACGAUCUGGUCUAGUUUUACGGAGGAAUAACAUAAAAAAUAGGACAAAGAAAUGAAGACACUUAUAGUCGUCGUUGCCAUACUGGGAUGGGUUGAUAUAGGAAAUUGUUUUACAAAAUAUGGAAGAACUUGUGCGGAUAUUGGAUGUCCGUCAAAUCAGCAAUGCGUAAUGGAAACGGAUCCUUGCUCCUACUAUCAAAGACAAGGAGAAUGUGGAUCAUAUCCCACGUGUAAAAGGUCUACAACAGGGAAACGGACAUGCUCGAAUUUUGUGUGUCCUCCUAGUCAAGUCUGCAGAAUGGACGGCGAUACUCCCAAAUGUUCUAAUGAUGCAUCAAAAUCUGGACUCGCAACAUAUGACACUCAAGCUAUAAAUGACAACAAUGCACCAAAUGCACCACCAGCUGAAAAUUCUGGACAAGUUUAUCCCAGUUUACCAAAGGGAGAGACCACUCCUCGACCUAAUGUUAGGCCUGCCUAUUCUGGUGGAGCUGGAUAUCAAGGUGGUCAAAUUGGAUCUGGAUACCCAGGACAAGGUGGCCAUUCAGGAGGAUACCCUCAACAAGGAGGAUAUCCACAACAAGGAGGAUAUCCACAACAAGGCGGAUAUCCUCAAGGAGGCUAUCAAGGGUAUCCACAAGGUUAUCCUCAGGGUGGUUACCAAGGAUACCCUCAAGGUAAUCAUCAGUACCCCGGAGGUUACCAAAACAACUAUAAUCCAUACCAACAACAGUAUCCACAAAAGAGUUCAGGAUCCUCACUCACGGACAAAAUAUCACAAGGAUUAAAAAAGAUAGGUACGGAUUUGCUCAAAAAUUAUCUAAUUAAAAGUAUUACAGGAGGAGGAAACCGAAACUAAUAAACUAAAGAAUCUCAGAAGAUCAAUAUACCAGAUCAAAUAUUUCACAUUAUUUAUUUACGAUGAUGUUAUACUCAAAUUAAUUUCUUUUGCAGGGUUAUUUUACAUAAUACUAAGUUAUUAUCUUGCCAGAACAUUCCAAGUGUGAGAGGAAAAUAACUGCGAAUUAUUUGAUAUUUUUGUAAAGACUGUAAUAUAAUACUAUAUAGGUUUAUAAAAACAUUUUCAUUAAAAUACUUUUAUACAUGUGUGUAAUUUCGUGUGAUAAUUCUACCUCGUAACACUCGGUGAGUAUGUAUAUAGGUUCUAAAUUUUUCUUUGUUGUUUUUUUGCUUGUGUGGUGGCAGCUUUUGCACUAAUUAUUUUCCUAUUUUGUGUAGAAUAACCCUCGCAAUGGUUUUAUUAUUCAUUUUUUUAGAAUGCUUGGUAUGUCCAUGCACCGUAAUUGGAAUAUUUACUUUAAAUGAAUGUAAAUUUUCCGAAUUUCGUUUAGCUUGUCAUUGUUUAAAAAUAUUAAUUAACUGACUAAAUGUCAUUCCAUUUUACAGCCAUGUUAAUUAUCGUUUGUCACCCAUAUAUAUUUACUUAUUUUCUAGAAAUGUUUAUAGAUAAUUUAGCAAAUUAUAUUUAUUUUCUGUAAAUAUGAGUUGUUGCUUUAUACAAAGACAGAAAGACACAUUGUGAAGCACUUCAUCUCACUACACGUUGUUUUAAUAAAACUAAAAAAUCAUCUACCUGUCAGCACCAUCCAUUCAGUCUGCCUAUUGCCUUUUGUCUAACAAUAUAGGACAUUGGUUUGAUCGUGUGGUUCGAUGAACUGCUCGAAUAUAUUUUAAUCCUGAGAUAUAUUUUCUUUUUCCCAUUAUCGUCUCUAUAACUACUACACAGCAAUAAAAUAUGUUCUUAUUUGAUUUUUAUUGACAUAAUACGUAAUUUGUUAUACUACAACCAUCUUUUUUGUGAUUUUUAGACUAAAUCGACAGUAAGAUGUUUUACAUUGUACUUGUUACCUGAUAUAAAUAAACUAGUCGAGAAAACAAAAACAAAA